CAGGCUUAUUAGGGCUUAGGAUGUUCCUUUUUGUUUUUGUUUUUGUUUUUGGAGCCAGAGACAACGGGUACAAGGAGGGAUAAGCCACCGUUUCCACUAUUCUACGUUUCUCUUUUUCUCCUACACUUCGCGGCUGAGUACAGAACAGCGACAGAAACCGUAGCUACCCCCGCCUCCGUUGACCUCUUUGACCACCACAUUCACUCUUCUUCUUCUCUCUAGUUAUUGCAGAGUUAGCUAUUUGGUUCACUCAUGGAUGUCACACCAGAAGCCCAAUCUCAAUGGGAUUUUAGCUGUGACCUGGAAGUGGAUUUUGGAUCUGAAGAGAAUGCUUCUAUUGUGUAUGCUACCAUAAGCGUUGACAAGGAAUUGCAACCUGGUAAAGUAAAACGACUCAUGUCAGUUUCAAAUGGAAAGCUAAUAGUGCACUUUGAGGCAGUAGAAGCCAGAUUUCUUCGUGCGUCAUUCAGUGCUUUAAUGGACGUCGUUACACUAGCAACAAAAACAAUUGAAGAAUUUGGUCAAGGAAUGGAGUUGUGAGAGAUCGAUCAGCUUCUCUCUUGGUUGUUGCAUUAUUUAAAUGUACUCUAUAACUUCAAAUGUUAAAAUGUACUAUUAGUACUUUUUGUAUGAUUAUUUAAGCAUGAAGAGUUUUGAAUACAUGAUGGAUGAUUUAAGCUGUAGCAUGGCAGUGUCUGCAAGACUUGUCAAUAUGGAAUGCUUAAACUAUUUGUUUUAAUCACCAUUCUUUACCAUCUAAUAUCAAUCAUAGACGCAUAUUAUUCUAUUUUUGCGAG